AUGGAGUCAGGAAACCGGACGUCCAGCCCUGUCUUCAUCCUGCUGGGCAUCUUCAACCACAGCCCCACCCACACCUUCCUCUUCGCUCUGGUCCUGGGCAUCUUCACAGUGGCCAUCAUGGGGAACUCCACCAUGGUGCUCCUCAUCCACCUGGACGCCCAGCUGCACACCCCCAUGUACUUCCUCCUCAGCCAGCUCUCCCUCAUGGACCUCAUGCUCAUCUGCACCACCGUCCCCAGGAUGGCCUUCAACUACCUGACUGGCAGGAACUCCAUCUCACUAGCAGGCUGUGGAGCCCAGAUAUUCUUCUAUGUGUCCCUGCUGGGAGCCGAGUGCUUCCUGUUGGCUGUCAUGGCCUAUGACCGCUAUGUGGCCAUUUGCUAUCCCCUUCGGUACACCAUCCUCAUGAGUCAGAAACUCUGUGUACUCCUGGCGGUGGCUUCCUGGAUCUUGGGGUCUCUUGAUGGCAUCAUUGUGCUGGCAGCUGCCCUGUCAUUCUCUUACUGUGGCUCUCUGGAAAUACAUCACUUUUUCUGUGACGUGGCUGGCCUCUUGCCUCUCUCCUGCACAGACACGUCUGCAUUUGAAAGGCUGCUCUUCGUCUGUUGUGUGGUGAUGCUCAUCCUGCCAGUUUCAGUUAUUGUCACGUCCUACUCCCGUGUCCUCCUAGCUGUCCUCCACAUGGGCUCUGGAGAAAGCCACCGCAAAGCCUUCGCCACCUGCUCCUCCCACCUCAUGGUGGUGGGACUCUACUACGGGGCUGCCAUGUUCAUGUACAUGAGACCAGCCUCCACCCACACAGCAGAGCAGGACAAGAUGGUGUCGGCCUUCUACACCAUCCUCACCCCCAUGCUGAACCCCCUCAUCUACAGCCUGCGCAACAGGGAGGUGUCCAGGGGGCUCAGGAAGUUCCUGAGGAGAGGAAGGUUACUGUGA